CACCUCUGAAACCCAAGCCCGGCUUUUUUCCACGCACACGUCGUCUCUCUUCGACGACAUCGGCUUCUGAUUCCUAUCAAUCCUUUUCCUUUCGCUUCUCCACCUCCUCUUCCCUCCCCGGUAGCAAUUCCAGCUUUUUUAUCCUCGUCCAGCCUUCGUUCGAUUCGAUUAGAUUCGCUUGGCUUGGCUUGAAUCGGUUGGUGGCGGCGGGGCGAUGGCAGCAGAGGCGACGGCGCUGUGGCAGCCGCGAGAGGAGGGGCUCCGCGAGAUCUGCGGCCUUCUGGAGCAGCACAUCUCCCCCAAUUCCGAUCAAUCCCGGAUUUGGCAGCAGCUCCAGCACUACAACCAGCUCCCCGAUUUCAACAACUACCUCGUCUUCAUACUCGCCCACGCCGAGGGUAAAUCACUGGAAGUACGACAAGCUGCUGGUUUGCUGUUGAAAAACAAUCUCAGGGCAACUUUCAGUUCCUUGUCUUCUUCAUAUCGGCAAUAUAUAAAGUCAGAAUUGUUGCCUUGUUUAGGGGCAUCAGAUAGGACGAUUCGAUCUACAGUUGGUACUAUUAUCAGUGUUCUAGUUCAGUUAGACAGAGUUGCUGGCUGGCCAGAAUUAUUACAGGUUCUUGCUCGAUGCUUAGCCAGUAAUGAUUUUAAUCAUAUGGAAGGUGCUAUGGAUGCUAUAUACAAGAUUUGCGAGGAUGUCCCCGAAGAGCUUGAUGUGGAUGUUCCAGGAUUAUCUGAACGCCCCAUCAAUAUUUUUAUGCCAAGAUUGCUGCAGUUCUUCCAGUCUCCACAUGCCAUAUUGAGAAAGCUAUCGUUGGGCUCUAUCAAUCAAUUUAUUGUAGUCAUGCCUGCAGCCUUGUUUAUGUCCAUGGAUCAGUACCUUCAGGGUUUAUUUCAUCUCGCUAAGGACCCUUCUGCAGAAGUGCGAAAACUGGUCUGUUCUGCCUUUGUCCAACUAAUAGAAGUUCGACCAUCAUUCCUGGAGCCCCAUUUGAGAAAUGUAAUCGAGUAUCUCUUGCAAGCCAAUAAGGACCCUGAUGAUGAAGUUUCUCUCGAAGCUUGUGAAUUUUGGUCUGCAUAUUGUGAUGGUACUUUGCCUCCAGAUUCCUUAAGAGAGUAUUUGCCACGCUUGAUUCCAGUAUUAAUGUUGAAUAUGGCCUAUGCUGAUGAUGAUGAGACACUUUUUGAUGCCGAGGAAGAUGAGUCGUUUCCAGAUAGAGAUCAGGAUCUGAAGCCUCGUUUUCAUUCAUCACGCUUCCAUGGAUCUGAUAAUAUGGAAGAUGACGAGGAUACAGUCAACACUUGGAAUUUGAGGAAAUGUAGCGCAGCUGGACUAGAUAUCCUUUCAAAUGUUUUUGGAGAUGAAAUUCUUCCAACUUUGAUGCCUUUGAUUCAGCAAAAGCUAUCAGCUACAAGUGACUCUAAUUGGAAGGAGAGGGAAGCUGCUGUUUUGGCUAUUGGGGCCAUUGCAGAGGGAUGCAUUAAUGGACUUUAUCCCCAUCUUCCUGAGAUUAUUGCAUUUCUCAUUCCACUUCUGGAUGAUAAAUUUCCACUUAUACGGAGUAUCACUUGUUGGACACUUUCUCGUUUUAGCAAGUUCAUAGUUCAGAGUAUUGGUCACAAAGAUGGUUAUGAACAAUUUGACAAAGUACUAACAGGACUCCUCAGAAGGAUAUUGGACACCAACAAACGUGUGCAAGAGGCUGCAUGCUCUGCUUUUGCGACACUUGAAGAGGAGGCAGCAGAUGAAUUGGCCCCACGUUUGGAAAUCAUUUUGCAUCAUCUGUUAUGUGCCUAUGGAAAAUAUCAGAGACGAAACCUACGAAUUCUUUAUGAUGCCAUUGGUACUCUAGCAGAUGCAGUGGGUUCAGAGCUCAAUCAGCCAAAAUACCUUGACAUAUUGAUGCCUCCAUUGAUCACCAAGUGGCAACAACUAUCAAACUCUGACAAAGAUCUAUUCCCAUUGCUUGAAUGUUUUACAUCCAUUUCACAGGCUCUAGGACCAGGAUUUUCUCAGUUUGCUGAACCUGUAUAUCAAAGGUGCAUUGGUCUUAUCCAGAUCCAACUAUUGGCAAAGGUUGACCAUGUCACAGCUGGUGUCCAAUAUGAUAAAGAGUUCAUUGUCUGCUCACUAGACCUUUUAUCAGGGCUUGCUGAAGGCUUGGGUGGUGGGAUAGAGAGCCUGGUUGCAAAGUCCAACUUGAGAGACCUUCUUUUACAAUGUUGCAUGGAUCAGAUAGCUGAUAUUCGGCAAAGUGCCUUUGCACUUCUGGGUGAUCUUGCAAGAGUUUGUCCAGCCCACCUGCAUCCUCGUCUAGCAGAUUUCCUAAGUGUUGCAGCCGAACAACUGAGUGCUGCUGCGGUUAAAGAAGCUGUAUCAGUGGCAAAUAAUGCUUGUUGGGCCAUUGGAGAAUUGGCUGUUCAGGUUCAUCAAGAAAUUGCUCCAGUUGUGUUAGCAGUAAUAUCAUGUUUGGUCCCUAUUCUCCAAAACGCAGAGGGUUUGAACAAGUCAUUGCUGGAAAACAGUGCUAUCACUCUUGGGAGGCUUGCCUGGGUUUGUCCGGAACUCAUGGCACCACAUGUGGAACACUUCAUACAGUCAUGGUGUACCACUUUAUGCAUCAUACGAGAUGACUAUGAAAAGGAGGAUGCAUUUCGUGGGCUUUGUGCAAUUGUAAGAGUGAAUCCUUCUGGCGUGGUGAGUUCGCUAGCUUACUUGUGUAAAGCUGUUGCUAGUUGGCAUGAAAUCCGUAGCCAGGAUCUGCACAAUGAGAUUUGCCAAGUUUUGAAUGGUUAUAAACAGAUGCUUGGAGAUGGAGCAUGGAAACAGUGCAUGUCCACACUAGAUCCCCAAGCGGUGCAGAGAUUGUCAAGGUUUGGAGUAUAACAUUAAAUAAGGAGAGUAUCUUCAUUGGUCAUCAUAUUUCUGUGUUGCAUUUGAGACGGAUGAAAACACAGUCUAUUGGUUGGAAAAAUGGUCAUAUAAACUGUGUGCAUCGAUGAGAAUGUCUAGUGGUUGGAAGAAUGAUCCUAUAAACUUUAAACCUUCAGGUUCAGAUUUGUACCAGAUUGUGUGCUUUAGAUACCUUACAAUGUUCCGAUUCCAGAAAUGGUCCAAAAGGAUGAGGCCAGGUCAAAAUCAUACAUGCUAUAUGGGUCCAAGGGGAUUUCUCUUGCUGGGCAGUUUGAGAGAGGGAGUUUAAUCCCUUGUGCACUCAUAUAUUGUUUUUUAUAAUGUUUCAGUGGGCUUGUGUUUAUUUGUAACUCCACUGAUUCCUUUGAUGACAUUCAUCAAUUUGGCAAAAGGUUUAUAAUGUAUUUGUGGUCAUUUACAUGGAUAUUGUUUUCUCUGUAA